UUGUUUCUUACGGAUCGAUUGCUGUGAACGGACCACCGGAAGUGACAGCAAAUUUAAUAUUGCCGUCCCAGCGAUAUUGUUUGGUGCAUUUUUGUGGGUUUCAUCGGCUAAAUUUUCAUGCGAGGUUUUCUGCUAAAUUCACUCAAAGGCAUUUUGGGGGACAGCGUAAAGAUGGAUUAAGUAAAAGAUUCAAUGCAAACGGCAUGGAAGAAGAACCGACAGUGUUUGAAGAACAAGGUAGCGUUCCGGGCCAACAGGAGUCCAAUAAGGACAUUUCUGUGGUAAAAAGUGGCAGGGGGAGACCUAAAGGUCCCAAGAAGUCGCAGAUCAGCGUUCACGACGUAAACCUCAUGGAGCUUGUUUCAGACAUCGCCAACAACAGCUCUGUAGUGGGAUUCGAGGACACGAGCAAGGUGGAAGAUUACGUGCCCAAAAAGAGGGGCCGGCCAAAGGGCUCCGGGAGCAAGCGUUCGGUGGAAAAGGUGGCCCAUGACAACGGCACGGACACGCCCAAAAAGGGAAGAGGGCGCCCUAAAGGAUCCGGGAAGCGCAAGGCCGAGAAUGUCACGAGCGAGGACGAAAGCGAAGAAGCGGGGCCUACCGAUAGCUCUGUCAGUAAGGCACCUCGCGUCGAGCUAGGCGAUGAUGAUAACAACUCACCCGUCAACAACUCACCCAACUGCAUCGCCACCUCGCGGGGCAGAGGGCGACCAAGGAAGAGCAGCGCCGAGCGGCGGCCGGCGCCCACCGUAGAUGGUCCCAGAAGAGGGCGGGGCCGACCAAAAGGCUCCGUCAACAAGAAGCCAACCAUGUCCUUGGCACUCUUCCAAGCAGGACGCCCCCGCAGAAAGCAGAUCCCGCCUUCUCGGCUGGUCAUUCGCCUCCCCAGAAAAAGCUUGAAGCGCGGGAGACCCAAGAAAGUAGCUUCGGGAAGGGGUCGCCCCAGGAAGUACCCGCUGCCGUCCCCUGAGGACUCCAAAAACAGAGUGUGGAAGCCCCUCGGGAGACCGAGGAAGCAUCCUAUCCCCGGGGCUGCGGUGGGCGUCCCAGCCACUCGUCGGGGCAGAGGUCGUCCGCCCAAGUUAGACGCCGUAAAACAUCCCACUGCCUCGUACGACGGACCACCACGAAAAAGAGGCCGACCCAGGAAGUACCCCUCUGGCUCCCGCGGCGAGCCCGCUAAGCCCAAAGUGUGGAAGCCCCUCGGGAGACCUCGAAAGUAUCCUCUGGUGGAUCCUCCUGAGGGAGCCCCCGAACCCCCUCGCCGCACACCAGGUCGACCACGCAAGUCCGCAUCCAAACGAGGAGCCCACCUACGCAACCCCGCCUUGCCACGCCCCCCUCAGUCGACCGCGGUAGAGGACGGCGCGCCGCGCAAAAGGGGACGCCCCAAGAACUCUGGCAACAAGAACAAAGUCCAUAGCGCGGCUUCGCCCGACGACACCGCAUCCAACCAUUCCGACAACGCUGAAAAGGAACGUAAGGGACAGGAAGCGGGAGAGCACAAAGACGACCCCACCGCCCAGCAACAGGAAGAACACGCCGCCGCCGCCGAGGAGGGUGGUACUUCUCAAGAGUGACGUCGUUCAAACGGUGUGCUUGAUGAACUAUCCGUCAAGGUGUUGCACUUUUAGGCACCAUUUUAGUCUGGUAAGUUAGAUAUCCUUCUACCGACUGAUUGUCUUGUCUUAUUCAGUAGGUCUUACUAGAGUCCUUAUCCUUUUAGUUAGUUUGUUUGUUUGUUUGUUUGUUUGUUUUUGAAAGACUGUUUAUAGGUCCAAUUUAGUUCUCACAGGAUAUUCCAGUUUUUAGCAUUAUCACACAGCUCAAUUCAGGCGCUUCAUCUCCCUGCCAGUCAAGUGCUGCGUCAAUAUAAUAGCCUUACAUUUUUUCAUUGAUAGCCAAAGCUUUGAAUGUACCUCUUUAGUUUUAAUUGCUGGAUAUUAGAUUCAUGAAUUGCUCUUCAAAAAAAUAAUACAUUUUUAGAAAAAAAAACAACUUAAAAAAAAAAAGACUUCUGUCUUAAAUGCCUUCCUGCCAUGAUUUCUUACUUUGUGUUUGGAAGUUUCCCCUUGCCCUAUUUGUUUUCAAGUCACAUUGGUGCGGUCUCACUUAUCUCAAUCUUAGCUGUUAAAUAGUUUCCAUAUUGUUAUGAGUAUGUAUUUUUUUAAUGUGUUCUUAGAUGUUAAGUCACAACGUAUGAAAAAACAAAACAAAAAAUUAUAAAAUGGCCAUGUGCCCAAAACAUAUGAACUUUUUGAAUGGGGAAACCAAUCCAACCAAUUAAAGUUAUCUGAAUUUUUGUGUUUUUGACAUGAAACAAGUUUGUAACAUAUGCACUUGAAAUAAAAUGUUGACCUUG